GGAAAAUCCCUCUCGCGGAAAUCAAUACCGUACUCUUCGUUUUCCCUAACCGUGGAAAGUCACCCGACCGUCGCUUUCCUCCGUUAUCGCGUCGUUCGCUCGGCCACACGAACAUCGAUCAUGAAAAUCCGCGGAAAAGAUCGGGGAAAUUCACACCGAUCUGGUGUCUGAUGGACGCAGAAUGUGCCUUUUAAGAAACGUUUUUCUGUGACGUUGGAUAAAAAAACCUUUUUUGGCAAAUCGUUUUUUCAUGAAAGUGUGUCACGCAUGUGUUCAGUGCCCUACGAUGCAUCUGCACUUCGAAAGGACGGUAAAUGCGAAGGGGGAUUGUCCUAUUUUGAGUUUGACAUGGAUGGGAAAAGUGCCAGAUGAGUUACCUGAGGACGAGGGAUGGAAGCUAAAUAGGAAUAAUUAUUAUCAGGAGGGAUGGCUGGCAACAGGGAACGUGAGGGGGAUAGUGGGGGUGACUUUUACCACCAGCCAUUGCAAGAAGAACGUCGAUUUUCCUUUGAGGACGAAUUACAAUUUGAGAGGACACAGAUCGGAGGUGAUCUUGGUGAAAUGGAACGAACCCUACCAGAAGUUGGCAUCAUGUGACAGUUCUGGAAUUAUAUUCGUCUGGAUCAAGUAUGAAGGACGAUGGUCCAUAGAGCUCAUCAACGAUAGAAACACACCCGUGACACAUUUUUCCUGGUCCCACGAUGGAAGAAUGGCUUUAAUAUGUUACCAAGAUGGAUUUGUCUUGGUGGGCUCGGUAGCCGGCCAGAGGUACUGGUCUUCCAUGCUGAACCUCGACGCGACCAUAUCCUGCGGAAUUUGGACACCGGACGACCAGCAGGUGUACUUUGGUACCACCUCAGGCCAGAUCAUAGUAAUGGACGUCCACGGGGCCAUGGUGUCUCAAGUCCAACUAAGCGGUGACGUUGGCAUCACCUCCAUGGCCUGGUCCUGCGAGAAAUUCAAGAUGGAGGAGGGGGAGGACGAGUGUUCUAGCUCAGGUGAUAAGAAAUUUGUAUUGGCGGUAGCGUUACAAAACGGUUACAUCUACCUCUUAACCACUUUUGACGAUGUGGCUCCAAUACAAAUCAACACCGGCCUUCAAGGAUCUUUGUGCAUGGAGUGGAGCAACUCCAGAGAACUGUUAGCUGUAGCAGGAAUAACACUGAAAUCCCCAACAUUAGGUCCACAAAUGGAGUACACCAACAUGUUGAAGUUUUAUACAGACAAGGGCGUUCUGUUGUACCAAACGCUUAUUCCUGACAAGCAUGCUAGGGUAUCGACGCUGACAUGGGGUCAUAACGACAAGCGACUUUUUCUAGCUACCGGCACUCAAAUACACAUAGCCUGGGUGGCUAAGAGGAUAGCUUCGUUACAGCUGCUUUGUAGGCUUAGAAUCUAUAACUUGAUACCAAGCGAGAUGAUGCUGAAUCAGCUUCCAUUACCGAUUAGGUUGAGGAAUAUUAUUGGCAAUCUUUUCGCUCAAACAAUAAGGUGUUGUGUACCGGAACCAAGUGCUUUAAGAGAUUUUGUAUCCAGACCCCCUACAGGAUCAGUCAGAUUACAUUGUACGAUGAUCAGACACGAGGAAGACGUCAACAUAUCGUCAGGAACGUGCUAUACGUUGUACCUGGAGUACCUAGGUGGCUUGGUUCCUCUACUCAAAGGCAAGAGAACCAGCAAAAUUCGUCCGGAGUUUGUUAUCUUCGAUCCUCAACUUGAACACUACCAUAGGUAUCAUACGUCUUCGGAAUCCAAGAGUUCCUCCAGUUCGGGAACCUCGACGGCGAAUGCCAGUGGCGGGUACAGUGAUAGUUCGGAAUCGGACAGGGAAGAAGGUUGUACCGCCUCGCCUAGGAUGCAGAGGAAGAAAAAGAAGAAACAUAAAAACUCGUUUGGGGAAAGGACAGAGAGAACGGCAUGGCAGUACCGGGGUGAUGCAGAUUUAGAUCAGGAAGAACUGAACUAUGCAGAUACGCUACCUGAGCAAGUGCGAUUAGUGGAGGUGACGUCCAAUAUCUGGGGCACCAAAUUCAAAAUCCACGGUUUAGCAAGCGUAGUCCCCGCAAAUUUGGGUCAGGUGACUUAUAAAACGUCUUUGCUACAUUUGCAGCCUCGUCAAAUGACUCUAGUCAUUACAGAACUUAGAGAUGAUUUUCCUAUUGGACCUGAUCCGACUUUCAAUCCGAACUUGUUCAGCGAGGACGAGGAAGAACCAGUAGCCAACUCUGCUGGAGAGAAACCUAAAAAUCCAAGGAUGAGUAUGGAUAACUGCCCGCCGAUAGCGCCGAUGUCACCGAGGACGAGUGCCCUGACCAAACAGAAGGCCUACUUGCAUAACGAAUCCAAUGUUGCCAAUUUUAGUGCCGAAAAUGCCGGCGAGGACAAGUGUUCCUUCGUCGAGAUCGAAGACAGAGACCAGAUCCGUCCACAGAACCUUUUGCGUCCGACUACCAGUCAAAAUUCUACAAGUUUCAUCGGCUCACUGGGUAAACCCGGAGGUCAGAACCAGAAACACGCCAUAUCACCAAUCUGCUGCGAAGUGUCCGUGCCAUCGCUGCAAUCGCCAAAAAACGCCGUAGCUCCUAGCGACAUUAUUUUCGACAGGCCAUCUGCACCUACCAUCAUAUCCUAUUCGACUAGUAGUAAUAACAAUUUACAGGUGAAACCGACAUUCGAUCAACACAAUGCUAGGAAUGAUCUGUCUGUUAGUUUCAACUUGAAUUCGAAUGAUCACAAACCUAUAGCUUUGAGGAAAACGCAAGCAGAAUGUUCAUAUAGAUCUAGACAAAACCCAGACAGCCCUGGAAAAGCUGCGCCUCCGCAAGACGACAAAGAUUGCUUUCAGUUUCCUCAGAGUCAAAAUCAGAAACCACCCGAAGUCCGCACUGCCCAUUUGAUUACGCGAAGUUGCAGCGUCGGCUACCUGGACAUGGUCGACGUCCAAAUGGUACCGCCCAUCUUCAGAACUGCCAAUUUGAACAGGGAAAACGCUAACAAGAGACUGGUUCUGGUGAAUAACGAUAGAGACGGUGGAAAGAGACGUCAGAGUAGGCUGAGAACGAAGCCUGCCAGCGUUAAAGUGAACGGACAGUUGAAGAAUUUCGGCAAAUCGAAAAGUCUGGACUCCAGUGAUAUUUUUCACGGUUCUACAACGCCUAGUUUUGUGUUGAAGGAGAAAAAGAUUCCGGAACAGAUAGAACCGGCGCCUGUUAUUGAGAAAAUCGAGGAACCAGAACCAAAAAAGCCCGAGAAAGUCGUUAGUAAUAAGAGAUCUACUGCCAGGGACUUUUUUUCGUCUCCCCUAAUGAGAAGAAGGAAAGAUAGAGGGAAGAGUAAAAACGGUUCAACAGAUGGAGAAAAGAAUGGCUGUGAGAAAAAUGGGGUUCCAGUCCAUACCCAAGCCUUAGCCAAUUUGGAGAAGCUGAUAACGAGGUUAAGGGAAGACGAUUCUGGAAAAUCAACUCCUCCAAACUCUCCUAGAUUGCCUAGGAGUUCUCCUUCAUCGCCUGCACCAGUCAAAAAAGGUCUUAGACCCCAGUCGGCGUCUCCCAUUAGGAAGAAACUUAUGAAUUCUCCUUUCCUCUCCAGAAAAAAGAACAAAUACCAAGAAAGCUCGGAUGACGAAGUGACAGCUUCAACGGACGAAGUUUUUAACGGUACUAACUACAAGGAUCUGGAGACUUUCCAGAAAUCUCAGUUGAGGCAAAAGCUGAAGAGGGGUAAAAUUGAACCAAACGGAAGCAGUUGCUGUAACAACAACCAAAACGUCCCACAAAGAAGAGAAUUCGUGAUGCAUAACAAAGCACCAAUGUGGAACGAAAACAGCCAAGUGUACCAACUUGAUUUUGGUGGUAGAGUAACCCAAGAAUCAGCCAAAAACUUCCAAAUCGAGUUUAGAGGCAAACAGGUGAUGCAGUUUGGCCGAAUAGAUGGUAACGCCUACACUCUGGAUUUUCAAUAUCCCUUUUCGGCGUUGCAAGCUUUUGCUGUGGCUUUGGCCAAUGUGACUCAGAGGUUGAAGUAACAACCUCUUUUGAAUCGUGGGUGGUGCAAUUUAUGGAUGUUUACACUGUUUUUGGAUUAGAGCCUAUUUCUAGUCGAGGUCUCAGGGUGUAAGUUGUUGUCGGUAAAAGCCUAUUUUCAAUUAAAUGACUAAAUCAUAGUUUACCAGACACACUGAGAAACAUAUCUUUAUAGUUAUCUGCAUAAUUGCUAAUACGACCACCAGCAAACUCCAUAAGACGACGCAUGGUGUCAUUGAUGACGUACAACCAAAGUUUUGUUAAAUAUACUAUAUGAUUUCGUAUCCCAAAAAAAAAGUGCUUUACUUCUAUAAGCUAUACCAAUUAAACUUUUAGUUGCGUCAUCGAGGACGCGAAUACUAAAUUCAUUGUUCCCAUCCAUGGACAUAUUCGGCGUUGGGCUGACUAACUGAAAUUUAAAUUUCCCGCUGGGGAUUCAGUUGGUAGCUCUGCUGUAAAAAAUGGCAAGUUGCCACUAUUUAUUUAUUUGUUUUCUGACACUAUUUUACUUUGAAAAUUAAAAAACAAUUUGUUUAAAUUCUGAAUCCACUGUUUGUCUUCUGUUUAUUCUUUCCUCGAAAUUUAAUUUUCUACCCUACUACGUUUCUAUUACGUUUCUUCAAAAAUACAAAAUUUUCGAUUUUUAAAAAAAAAAACUGUAGAGUUGUUACUGGGGUCGAAAAUAUACCAAUCCUAAAAAUAUUAAAUAUUUUUAGGGUUGGCAAAUUUUGCACUAAUCUAAGACUCUGUAUAGUUUAUGUAAUAAAAUGUUUGUUUUGAUAUACGUUGUUUAGAUAUAAGCGGUUUUGGUAUGCGCGGUUUUGAUAUACGCGUUUUCGACAUACCCGGUUUCGAUAUACGCUGUUUCGAUAUGCGCUGUUUCGAUAUACGCUGUUUCGAUAUACGCUGUUUCGAUAUACGCUGUUUUGAUAUAAGCGGUUUUGGUAUGCGCGGUUUUGAUAUACGCGUUUUCGAUAUACCCGGUUUCGAUAUACGCUGUUUCGAUAUGCGCUGUUUCGAUAUACGAUGUUUCGAUAUACGCUGUUUCGAUAUAAGCGGUUUUGGUAUGCGCGGUUUUGAUAUACGCGUUUUCGAUAUACCCGGUUUCGAUAUACGAUGUUUCGAUAUACGCUGUUUCGAUAUACGCUGUUUCGAUAUACGCUGUUUCGAUAUACGCUGUUUCGAUAUACGCGGUUUCGAUAUACCCGGUUUAGAUAUACACUGUUUCGAUAGACGCUGUUCCAAUAUACGCGGUUUUAUUUUCAACGAACGUAAUCCCCGCGUAAAACGAGACUCCCCUAUUUGAUUUUUUUUGACAUUGUCAUUCAUUUUAAUACUUUAGUUUUGCAUUACGAGUUUUAGGUUCAAAUAAGCAUUGUAUUGUGAUAUUUUAAGCUUAAAAAUGUUUACUAACAGAGCUUGCACUCGAACAUUGUUUUUUUCAGAACCUCUUUUGGUGCGAAGUGGUACAAGAUAGCUUAAUAGCCCCUUCAAAAAACUCAGCGCAACCUUAUUAGAAUAUUUUGAACGGGAAAGGGGUAGUAAUGGCUGUGGUAUAAUCUAAUUAUAAUUAUAUUAGCCGUCUUUCAGAAUUCAGAACUUAUUUUGAAAAAAUCAUGAAAUACUUUUUCGUCUUUAACGACUUACACCCUUGGACUAAUUUCAUCGAUAGGCUGAUGUUUCUUAAUUUUUUUGUUGCGUUAUUGGAAAUCUAUGGCCAGAGAUAUUUUAUAUAUUUUAUAGACAAUUCGAUGUUUAACUUAUUCUCUCUGUUUGUUAAAUUGAUGUUUAUACUGUGUAAGAAACUGAAUGUUAAAUUAAUUUAAAUAAAAUAUUUUCACUGCUUUACCGGUUGUUUAUAUUCAUAGAUAUUUUAUUGAUUUUAUUAACUCCUAUUGACUGGCAUAGAAUGAUAAGCCAUUAUAGUUUCAUUCUUUUGAUCUAUUUUCCAUUAUUUUGGUUUAUCUUCUGUACAUUUUAAUUUGAAAACAUAUUUUUAUUUGUUUGUGUUUAAUUGUGGAUUUUCAAAGAUCUAAAUACCAA